ACACUGUAGCAAAAAAACAAAAAAAAACUACUUUUGGCUAGUAGCUUUUAUUUUUUCGUUUUAGAUUUAGCCGUAUAGAUGCAGUCUAAAGGCCGGCUAAAUGAAAGAAAGAGCCGCAGUUACAGCAGAACAAGAGUUGCUAUUCAUAGCGUCGUUUCCCUGGAUUUCUGCAUGAUUGAAUAUUGAUUUUCAGGAAAGUGGUUGAUCUGAAGUUAUUUUUUACAGAAGCAUAUUUAGUCACAGAUUUUUAAGCAUUCUACGUGAACCUCAACGAUCAUGGAUGAGGCCUGUGCACGUAAGAAUAUGACUGAGUUCUGGAAAGAGCAUUCAGUGGAGGCUACAGUAGAAGAGAUGAUGCUGGAUUCUAGUGCCCAGCAAAUCUCACACCAUGAAGUUCCAGAGAUCUUGAGUAUUCUGCCAAAGCUGGGUGGCAUGAAGGUGCUUGAGCUUGGAGCUGGUAUUGGGCGAUACACAAAACAUCUUGUGAAAGUUGCUCGUCAUGUUACUGCUGUGGACUUCAUGCAGAAGUUCUUGGAUAAGAACAAGGAAGAUAAUGGUCACUACAGCAAUGUAGACUUUCUUCAGGCAGAUGUCACUUGUCUACAAUUUCCUGACAAUAGAUUUGAUCUCAUCUUCUCUAAUUGGCUCUUUAUGUACUUGAGUGAUACUGAGCUUGAAUCUCUAACACAAAGGAUGCUCAGGUGGCUUCAACCAAAUGGUUAUCUUUUUUUCCGUGAGUCCUGUUUCCAUCAAUCAGGAGAUACAAAGAGGAGCUUUAAUCCCACAAAACAUCGAACUCCAGCAGAUUACAAUCACUUGCUGAUGUCUGUGGUACAGAAAAACCCAAUGGGUGGAGAACAGUGUUUUGGUUUUGAAAUUGCCAUGACUAAGUCAGUCCAAACUUAUAUUAAGAUGAAGAAGAACCGGAACCAGUUAUGCUGGCUUUUGCAGAUGGUGGAACGCAACCAAUCAGCCAAUCAAGGAUUUGAGACCUUUCAGCAGUUUCUUGACAGCAGGCAAUACUCACGGCAAGGCAUACUACGAUAUGAAAAAAUUUUUGGUAGAGGUUAUGUCAGUACAGGUGGACCCCACACCACCAAGGAGUUUGUUGAUAUGUUGAAUCUUCAGCCAGGACAGCGAGUGCUUGAUGUUGGUUGUGGAAUUGGGGGAGGAGAUUUUUACAUGGCAAAGGCAUUUAAGGUUGAAGUACUGGGGAUGGAUCUUUCAUCCAAUAUGGUUGAGAUAGCAAUGGAGCGUGCCUUACAAGAAAGCAUACCUUUGGUGCAAUUUGAAGUUGGAGAUGCUACAAAGAGACUGUUCCCUGAUGCUUCUUUUGAUGUAGUGUAUAGCAGGGAUACUAUCCUGCAUAUCAAAGACAAACUGGCUCUCUUCAAACAGUUCCAUUCUUGGUUGAAACCAGGAGGGAAAGUGUUGAUUAGUGAUUAUUGUUGUGGAGAGAAACCCUGGUCUCCUAUCUUUGAGGAAUAUGUCCAGAAAAGAGGGUACAUUCUCUGUACACCUCAGGAGUAUGGCAAGUUAUUGGAAGAGGCAGGAUUUCAGCAGGUACAUGCAGAGGACAGGACUGCCCAGUUUGUUCAAGUACUGAAGGAGGAGUUGCAAAGAUUUGAAGACAUCAGAGAUGAAUUCAUUGAGGAAUUUUUAGAGGAGGAUUACAACGAUAUUAUUCAAGGUUGGAAUGAAAAGCUGAAGCGAUGUGAACUGGGUGACCAGCGAUGGGGAUUGUUUUAUGCUGAGCACAAAUAAAUUUAGAGAUGAAGAGAAUGAGCAGCAUAUAUGAAUCUUGUAGGCCAACUGUCCAUUUGUAAGCACUCAACAAUGACAGAAAAAGCAGAGAAUGUAUUCAAAAACACUGUAGCUCUCGUGUAGCACAGCAUAACAUUACCUUCUCAUACCUGAUUAAUCAAAUUGUUAAUUUACUAUAAUUUCCAGAGUACAGUACAUCUUUUGAAGAUGGUUCCUUUAUGCAUUAGAUACAUGCCUUUUUCUUGUAGAGACCAUAAAAGUUGGAUCUCAAAAGGCACUUCCUUUGUGUUUUCCUCACAUAAGCCAAAAUACACAUAUUUUAGACUGAUUGGCAAUUUUGAAAAUGGCUAUGUGCGAGUGAUUGGACUCUUCGAUGGUCAGGCGUCAUGUCCAGGACUGUUUCUUACUUUGUGCCUAGUGCUUCUGUAAAAGGCUGUGAUUCCCACAACCCUAUAUCGUAUUAAGUGGUUUUCAGAAUGUUAUGUUUUGUUAUAUUGCAUUCAUAAAUGAAUAUAUUAUCACAUCCUUUAAAAGUAACGCACAUUUGCAGAAAUGAGCUCAUAGCUUACUGCCUUAAAUGCUGAUACAGGAUUAAAGUUUGCAGAAAGUGAAAUUGUACAGGAAAUGCAGUGCUAUGGUCUAGGAUACUCCCUCCCAAAUACAAUAGACAAAGGUCUAUGAGAUUAAUUUGGCAUGUUUUCUAUUCAGUUCAUCUCAUCAAAUGGAUUUAGGGCAUGUGAGUUCCACCGGGAUUAAGCUGAGAUCAGUGUGAUGUUCAUGUUCUGUUUUGAUAACAAAGCCCAACACUGAGAUAUGUAAAGCAAGGGCUGGCAUUAUCUUUGAGCUGCCUUAAUACAUGAAAAUCAGUGUGUACAAAUGUAAAAGUAAUCUAAAUUUUUGAAUGGUAUUAUUAUAAAAUGUUUUCAAAUUUACUAAGAUUUGUAAUUAAAAAUAUAAUUAUA